AUUCGCUGAAGCAUUCCAGGGAAGGAGCCCCAAGUCUCUUCUGCUUGGAGAAGGCCAGCCAGCUGUGGGAGUCUCUGGUUAUACUUCUGCUGAAGGCUGAGACUCUCACACGGGAGGCAGUGUUGUGUUGUGGGGUGCUCCAUGUCACGAAGCCACAGACAGGAGAGACUUUGGACAUUAGGAUCAAAUGGGAUAUUAAAGAGACAGCCUGAGUGGCUGUGGUCACACAGGCCUGGAGGCAGGAGACUUCUUGACGGUGGAGCGGGGGUUUCUAAGGGAAAGUCUGAGAAGCUCCCACACCGGGAGGGGAAGGGCUCAGAAACUACUCCGUCUAGGAGUGGAGGCCAACGUCAAAGCCAGCCUGUUCCCCAGAAUGCCUGGCUAGCCUGGAGCAAGGGCCCGCAGCCCUGCCUAUGUGCAGGGUGGCGUGCCUGUGUGGGUGUGCUGGAGGAGGAGGAGGAAGCAGAGCCACCAUACCAUGGCCGUGCGGGCUGUGCGGGCUGGAGGGCGUACACACACACACACACACACACACACAGGCACACAGAUGCGAGCUGUGUGAAUCACCCAGCCUGUGAGUCAGCCCCUAGGAUUCCUGUCGGGGAAUGAGUGAGACCAGGCUGAGGUCUGUCAGUCCAUCUGUUGGUCUGUCUCCCUCCUUCCCCUGUUGGUGUGGAUGCGUGUGUGUGUGUGUGCGUGCGCGCGCGUGUGUGUGUUGUAGGAAGUGGUGGGGAAGGUACCUAGUGCUUGGGAAGGCUUUGGGCAGAGGUAGGAGUUGGAAGCAUCAGGCCGUGGAUUUGAACAUUAGUUUGGAGGGAGGGAGGUGCUGUGUCUUGUGCAGAGAUCCUCCUGGAGACUGCCCUCCACCACACAGCGCUCCACAGGCAGGGCUGGAGGGCAGAGGCCAGUUUCUGGGACGCCUUGGAAGGCUGUCUGUCCCCAGACCCCAGAGCACCUCCGGCACCACCAUGACUGGGCUGUUGAAGAGGAAAUUUGACCAGCUGGAUGAGGACAACUCCUUGGUCUCCUCCUCCUCCUCUUCCUCUUCCUCCGGGUGCCAAUCUCGCUCCUGUUCCCCAAGCUCAAGCUCUUCUGUCUCCCGUGCCUGGGACUCAGAGGAGGAAGGCCCCUGGGAUCAGAUGCCGCUGCCUGACCGUGACUUCUGUGGCCCCAGAAGUUUCACCCCCCUGUCUAUCCUGAAGCGGGCUCGCCGGGAGCGCCCAGGCCGUGUAGCCUUUGAUGGGAUCACCGUCUUCUACUUCCCCCGUUGCCAGGGCUUCACCAGUGUGCCCAGCCGUGGUGGCUGUACGCUGGGUAUGGCCCCUCGCCACAGUGCCUGCCGCCGCUUCUCUUUGGCUGAGUUUGCACAGGAGCAAGCCCGUGCACGGCACGAGAAGCUCCGCCAGCGCUUGAAAGAGGAGAAGUUGGAGAUGCUGCAGUGGAAGCUUUCGGCAGCCGGGGUACCCAAGGCAGAGGCAGGGCUACCACCUGCGGUGGAUGCCAUUGAUGACGCCUCUGUGGAGGAGGACUUGGCAGUCGCUGUGGCAGGUGGCCGGUUGGAAGAAGUGAGCUUCCUACAGCCCUACCCAGCCCGGCGACGUCGAGCUCUGCUGAGGGCUUCGGGCGUGCGAAGGAUCGAUCGGGAGGAGAAGCGGGAGCUGCAGGCACUGCGCCAAUCCCGGGAGGAUUGUGGCUGUCACUGCGAUAGGAUCUGCGACCCUGAGACCUGCAGCUGCAGCCUAGCAGGCAUCAAGUGUCAGAUGGACCACACAGCAUUCCCCUGUGGCUGCUGCAGGGACGGCUGUGAGAACCCCCUGGGCCGUGUGGAAUUCAAUCAGGCGAGAGUUCAGACCCAUUUCAUCCACACACUCACCCGCCUGCAGCUGGAACAGGAGGCUGAGAGCUUUAGGGAGCUAGAGGCCCCUGCCCAGGGCAGCCCACCCAGCCCUGGUGAGCAGGCCCUAGUCCCUGCUUUCCCACUGGCCAAGCCCCCCAUGAACAAUGAGCUGGGAGACAACAGCUGCAGCAGCGACAUGACUGAUUCUUCCACGGCAUCUUCCUCAGCAUCAGGCACUAGUGAGGCUCCUGAUGGCCCUACCCACCCAGGCCUGCCUGGCCCUGGCUUCCAGCCUGGCGUUGAUGAUGACAGCCUGGCACGGAUCCUGAGUUUCAGUGACUCUGACCUCGGCGGGGAGGAGGAGGAAGAGGAGGAAGGGAGUGUGGGGAACCUGGACAACCUCAGCUGCUUCCAUCCAGCUGACAUCUUUGGUACUAGUGACCCUGGUGGCCUGGCCAGCUGGACCCAUAGCUAUUCUGGCUGUAGCUUCACAUCGGGCAUCCUGGAUGAAAAUGCCAACCUCGAUGCCAGCUGCUUCCUAAAUGGUAGCCUUGAAGGGUCAAGAGAAGGCAGCCUUCCUGGCAACUUAGUGCCACCCAGCAUGGACGCUGGCCAGAGUAGCUCAGUGGAUCUCAGCUUGUCUUCUUGUGACUCCUUUGAGUUACUCCAGGCUCUGCCAGAUUAUAGUCUGGGGCCUCACUACGCAUCACAGAAGGUGUCUGACAGCCUGGACCACAUCGAGGCACCUCACUUCCCCCUGCCUGGCCUCUCUCCACCUGGGGAUGCCGGCAGUUGCUUCCUGGAGUCCCUCAUGGGCUUCUCCGAGCCAGUCGCUGAAGCCCUAGAUCCCUUUAUCGACAGCCAGUUUGAGGACACUGUCCCAGCAUCUCUAAUGGAGCCUGUGCUGGUGUGAGGACCAAGAUGCCUUUUCCCAGCCCCAAGGGACCUGUUGCUGCUUUCUUGUAAUUGUGGGGCUCCCCAGAGUCUCUGUAACAGUCUCCCACUGGCUGGCUCACUCACAGGUGCCAUGCGCACACUCCUGGUUUUCAUACAGUUCUCUGGAUUUAUUUAUUUGUUUUAACUUUUCUGUGCUAAAGAGAGGAUUGGUGGGGAGGGGCUUCCCGUUUCAGCUGCCCAGACCCCAACACCCACAGUUUGCUCUUCCAUCUCCACAAUGUGAGCCUGGAAGAGGAGAAAAUGUGGCUCCUCUGGAGCUUGGCAGACCACUUUUCGGUCUUUGCAUGAUGUUCCUUAGCCCAAAGACGGUGAGACAGGGCUGACAUCAGGUGGCUUCUGCCAUGCUGAGCCCUAGACCCAUGGGUGGCUAAAUCCUCUGGACUGUGAAGACUAUAAUUUAUUUCCAUAAUUUAUUUGGAGAUGAGGAGGCUUUGGUUGCACCUCUGGCUGGUGGGUAGUGCCAGGGUGGGGUGGGCACAGGCCCUCAAGGAGCCACUUUUGCCUUGUAGUCUUACACCUUGCCCUGCCUGGGCUUUGGUGCAGACUGGGUGUGGAUUUGAGCUCUAUGAUCUAUGUUUGCUGCCUGGCUCCUGGAUGGCUAUGCAGGCAGGUGCUGGCCAAGGACAUCAUCUAGGCAGGGGGAGAGGCUGGGCUAACCAGCUGUGACCAAAACUCCCUUCUGCCCCACCCUGCCCCCUCCACUUCCUGCCCUCUGUUCCAUCUUCCCCUUCCCCAAAGGCCGUAGCCUUUAUUCCAGGCCCAGGGAUGUAGGAGAGGGGAGGAAACAGGAGGCCCAGAGAGGGCAAAGGGCCUACCUCGGGCGCGAACCAUGCCCCAGACUAUUAUCUCAGGGCUUUCUGGGCACUGCACUUUGGCCUGGCCCACCUGCCCAUGCCCUGAGGCCAGUUGGUGAGGGGUGGCUCCUGAGGGCUUUUAUACCCUUUGUUUGCUAAUGUUUAAUUUUGCAUCAUACUUUCUACAUUGUCCCUGAGGGUCAAAACUAUAAUUUAUUCCAUUUCUGUGUCAGUGCCAAGAAACGCAGGCUCUGGGCCUGCCCCCUUGCCCAGGAGGCCUUGCCAGCCUGUGUGCUUAUGGGAACACCUUGUACCUGAGCUUACAGGUACCAAUAAAGAGGCUUUAUUUUUAACAA